UUGUGCCCGUGUGGAUGUCUUUCGGUUAUUAUAAUCAAAAGUAAAAGAAACUAUAUUAUUUUAGACCACUUACUUUAUUUUGUUAACUUGACGGUAUUACUCGUGCUAUAAUUCUACAGUGUCAUGUCAUAAUGUUUUCUUUCCUACGUUAAAUAAUAAGUUACACAGUGGAAAAAGCUAAAACAAAAACAACUCAAUUUCAUGUGUUUUGAAACGUCAUAAAAACAACUGAUUUCUCUUGGAGAGGGUCGCGCGAUUUUGCGUAAAAAAACAACAAAUAUAUACAAACAAAAACGAAAAAAAAGAAAAACAACAAUACACACUUAUAAAAAAAUAGAAAAUAAAACAAAAUUUAAUGAUUGUGAAUGUGCAUUGGCAAAAUAUAGUCCAGAAAAAGAACAAUAAAAGGUGAUGAUAAUGAUGACAAUGAUUAGCCAAAAAAGCCAAAUAUUUCACCAGAUAAUAGUAGGAAAUAAAAUUAAUUGAAAAUAAGAAGAAACUAUUGAUUUUCUAAGUGCAUGAAACGAAAGUAAAUAAAAAAUCAAAGUGUUUAGAAACAAAAUUGUAUAACAGAACUGUGUAAAAAAAAGAAAAAUUAAGUAAAGCUAAGGCCAAUGUAAUGUUCCUGUUUUAAAAGAAAAAAUGUGCAGAAGUACUCGUACCUGAGCUGGAAGCAAAUAACAACAAAGUGUCCUCACAAAUUACCUAAAUCAUCUACCUCGCUGAUUUAUAGCUAUUUAAAACUAUUUAUAAUUACAACCCACACUCUUAAAAUAUAUAUAUUGUCAACAUGUCUAAUUUUGAUGCCUGGGAUUAUGCGGUGUUGAUCACCAUCCUGGCCAUUUCAGCCUCUAUAGGCAUUUACUAUCGCCUGUCGGGCGGCAAACAAAAAACCACCAAAGAAUAUUUAAUGGCUGACCAAAGUAUGUCAGCGUUACCAGUAUCAUUUAGUUUAAUGGCCAGUUUCAUGUCGGCCAUAACCCUGUUGGGUGUCUCCAAUGAAAGCUAUCAGUUUGGCAUAAUGUUUUGUGCCAUCAAUAUUGCCUACAUCUUGAGUACUCCCUUGGCAGCGUAUGGAUUUCUACCGGUGUUCUAUCGCAUGCGCACCACCAGUGUUUAUGAGUAUUUGGAGAGGCGUUUUGGUCACAGCAUGCGUUUGGUGGCCUCGUUGGCCUAUUCGGUACAAAUGAUUUUAUAUAUGGGCAUUGUGCUGUAUGCCCCCGCCUUGGCUCUGGAAGCUGUAACGGGUUUAAGUCAUGUGGCGGCCAUUUUAGCCAUUGGUUUGGUGUGCACUUUUUACUCGACACUGGGUGGCAUGAAAGCUGUUCUCAUCACCGAUGUCUUUCAAUCUCUAUUGAUGUUUGCCGGCAUUUAUUCGGUGAUCAUAGUAUCGGCCAUUAAGGCGGGAGGUCUUAAGCCUAUUUGGCAGGCUGCUCAGGAAACCGGACGUUUAGAUGUUUCAGCUAUCUCUUUGGAUCCUACAGUACGUCACACCUGGUGGAGUUUAAUUAUUGGCGGUAUGGUUACGUAUCUGUCGCUCUAUGGCGUAAAUCAAACUCAGGUUCAGCGUUUGUUGAGUGUGAGAGACUUGAAGGGAGCUCAAACUGCAUUGUGGUGGAAUCUGCCUAUUCUGAGUUGUUUGAGUUUUAGUACACUAUUUACGGGUCUGGCGAUAUUUUACUAUUAUCGUAAUUGUGAUCCUGUUCUGAAUGGCCGUAUUAAGUCAAGAGAUCAAUUGAUGCCAUUAUUUGCUAUAGAUACUAUGGGUCAAUAUCCCGGUUUAUGUGGCCUCUUUGUUUCCGGAAUCUUCUCCGCCAGUCUGUCAACCGUGUCCUCGGCCGUCAGCUCACUAUCGGCUGUAACACUAGAGGAUUAUUUAAAACCUUUGUAUAAGAAACUUUUCAAGCGACCCAUGUCCGACUCCAGUACCACUUUGCCUUCGAAAAUAAUGGCCUGCCUUUAUGGUCUAGUGUGCAUAGCCUUGGCCUUUGGAGCUGGUUCUAUGGGCGGUGUAUUGCAGGCUUCACUUACAAUUUUCGGUGUGGUGGGUGGUCCGCUAUUGGCUGUUUUCACUUUAGGCAUGUGCACAACCCGAGCCAAUCAAAGAGGCGUAAUAGCUGGGCUUUUAUGUGGUCUAGGUUUUGCAUUUUGGAUUGGUUUUGGAGGUCCCAAGCCACCACCACCAUCUUUGCCUCUAUCCGAUGAUGGCUGUGUCGUUGCUACAAAUGCAACUUUAGUAGCAGAAUCAUUAAGAGUCAUAGAGGAGCUUGUAAAUACUACAAUAAGCACCACCACCGAACAGAGUUUCACAGCGGCGGAUCAACAAUAUUUCUGGCUGUAUCGUCUGUCUUACAUGUGGUAUUGUGUUAUAGGUUUCAUUAUCACCCUUAUUUGUGGCUACUCUUUCAGUCGGCUGCUCGAACGCUUUGGCUUGGCUGAUAAUUCUCAAAUAUAUUUGGAUAUAUCGUGCAAACAAAUCGACUAUGAUUUAUUUGUGCCCAUUUUGUCGCGCAAACUGCAACAUCAAGCUGCUGCCUCCGAAGAGUUGGGUAAAUUAAAUUAUUGUAAUGCUAUGACUUAAAUUUACUUAAUUACAAUAUUAUUAAUGUCAUUAUUACGUUAUUAGUUUCUAUUGUAAAUUCAUUAGAGUUUAAGUUUUUCAUAUUCGGGUUUAAUUUGAAUUAAGUUUUAAAAGGGGGUUCUAAAUAUUUUAAAUUUUAGUCAUCUCAUUAGAGAAUACCUGCUUACUUAUACAUACUAUGUACUUUAAUUCGAGUUUUUAGUUUAAUUUUUAAGUUUUGAAUUGUCUGUGUUUAAGAAUUUUACUUAUUUUUAAAUUUACUUAAUUUUUAAAAAAUUUACUUAUUUUACUUAAUUUUUUUAUUUGAUAUUAAUUUAAAUUAAUUUUUAAAAGAAGAAUAAUAUUGAAAUAUAUUAAAAGUGGACUUUAAAAGUUCAAAUAUAA